AUGGCCGUGAAAGCGGAGACUUUGAUCCUACACCCUUUCGAUCUCAGUUCUAAAGCCUUUACCCAUCGGCACACCCUCAACAAUGCCAUCCAGAUCAAGGUAGUCUACGUGAGGAUCAUCACCUCCACCCCCAUGCAGAGCACCAUAACGAUGGCGUUCCCUGCCGGAGAGGAGGACGAUCGCUCGCUGACAGUGAACGGCAAGGCGGCCGUGCCAGUGGUUCUGAAGAGGAACAGGGUCGACGGAGCGAUGGGCGAGUCGGUCUACGUGAACACCGACUGCAUCAGGUUCUCCGGCAGCUGCCUCGGGUUUGAGAUCAGGGUGCGGGAGGCGUGCAGCGCUUUGGUGGUGGGGGCGGUCGGAAGGAAGGGAGAUGGGAGGUGGGUUGUGCAGGGCAGAGAGGGCAGCGGCGGCCAGGAGACGGGGGUGGAUGGGGCUGUGGUGGAUGUUUACUUUGUGGGGCGGAGCAUGGGGAGGGCAGUCGUGCUGAAUAGGGUGGUGGAGACGAGGAAGACACGGAAAGGGUUGGACUGCAUCCCUGCAUGUGAUGAUGAAGUGGCCACAGAUGAUUCUGAGGAACCGAAGAAAGGGAUCAGGGAAGAACAAAGCUGUGAUGGGGUAAGUAGUGGUUACAUUAAGAAUGGUGGGGAGGAUGAACUGGGAGAGCUGUCAUGGUUCAGCGCAGGAGUAAGGGUAGGAAUGGGACUGGGGCUCGCUAUGUGUUUGGGGAUUGGUGUUGGUGUAGGCUUGGUCAUGAGAAGCUACCAAGCAGCCGCAGGAACUCUUAGGAGGUUCAUCUAA